AUGCAGCGAGGGAGCCUGGCCCUUGGCUGGGCAGUCGCCGCCAUGCUGGUGCUGCAGACAGUGGCCACGGCCAAGUGCACCCCACGGACCGUGCACCACAAGGCCAGGGUGUUCGAGGACCUGAGUGCCCAGGAGCUGAAGGCGGUGCACAACUUCCUCUGGUCCCGUAGGGAGCUGAGGCUGGAGCCUUCCCAAACCCCAAACAUGGCCAAGAACUCUGUGUUCCUCAUUGAGAUGCUGUUGCCCAAGAAGCAACACAUACUGAAGUUCCUGGAUAAAGGUGGAAGGCCUCCCGCUCGGGAGGCACGUGCCGUCAUCUUUUUCGGAGCCCAGGAGCACCCCAAUGUCACCGAGUUCGCUGUGGGGCCCCUGCCUUGGCCCUACUACAUGAGAGAGCUGCCCCCCAAGCCUGGGCACCAGGCCACCUGGAACUCCAGGCCCAUCACCUUGGCGGAGUACUCCCUCCUGGGCCACAUCCUGCAGAAGACCACGAAGCCCCUGCACCAAUUUUUUCUUGAUACCACAGGCUUCUCCUUCCAAGAUUGUCACUCCAGAUGCCUGACUUUCACAGAUGUGGCGCCUCGGGGCUUGGCCUCUGGCCAGCGCCGCUCUUGGUUUAUCUUGCAGCGCUUUGUAGAAGGCUACUUCUUGCACCCCACUGGGCUGGAGCUCCUCAUAGAUCAUGGCAGCACCAACGCCCAGGACUGGACGGUGGAGCAGGUCUGGUACAAUGGGAAGUUCUACCGGAGCCCAGAAGAGCUGGCCCGGAAGUAUGAGGAUGGAGAGGUGGACGCGGUGGUUCUGGAGGACCCAUCGCCCAAGGGCAAGGACGAGGAGAGCACAGAGGAACCACCCCUCUUCUCCUCCUACAAGCCACGUGGGCACUUCCCCACCCCCAUCAACGUGACUGGCCCCCGCCUGGUCCAGCCCCAAGGUCCCCGCUACCGGCUGGAGGGCCACACGGUGCACUAUGGCGGCUGGAGCUUCUCCUACAGGCUGCGCUCCUCCUCGGGGCUCCAGAUCCUGAACGUGCACUUCGGGUGCGAGCGCGUAGCCUACGAGGUGAGCGUGCAGGAGGCGGUGGCGCUGUACGGAGGACACACGCCGGCGGGCAUGCAGACCAAGUACAUCGACGUGGGCUGGGGCCUGGGCAGCGUCACUCAUGAGUUAGCCCCUGGCAUCGACUGCCCGGACACCGCCACUUUCCUAGAUGCCCUCCACUACUACGAUGCCGAUGUCCCCGUGCGCUACCCCCGAGCCGUCUGUGUCUUUGAGAUGCCCACAGGAGUGCCCCUCAGGCGACACUUCAAUUCCAACUUCAGCAGUGGCUUCAACUUCUAUGCAGGGCUUCAGGGCCAGGUGCUGGUGCUACGGACAACGUCCACAGUCUACAACUAUGACUACAUCUGGGACUUCAUCUUCUACCCCAACGGGGUGAUGGAGGCCAAGAUGCAUGCCACCGGCUACGUCCACGCCACCUUCUACACUGCGGGGGGACUGCGCCACGGGACGCGCUUGCACACGCACCUGCUUGGCAACAUGCACACCCACUUAGUGCACUACCGCGUUGACUUGGAUGUGGCAGGCACGAAGAAUAGCUUCCAGACCCUGCAGAUGAAGCUAGAAAACAUCACUAAUCCCUGGAGCCCCAGACACCACCUGGUGCAGCCGACCCUGGAGCAGACGAGUUACCACCGGGAGCGCCAGGCGGCCUUUCGCUUCCGACAGCCUCUGCCCAAGUACCUGCUCUUUGCCAGCCCCAAGGAGAACCGCUGGGGCCAUAAGCGCAGCUACCGACUUCAGAUCCACUCCAUGGCCGACCAGGUGCUGCCCCCGGGCUGGCAGGAGGAGCAGGCUGUCACCUGGGCCAGGUACCCCCUGGCGGUGACCAAGUACCGGGAAACGGAAGUGUGCAGCAGCAGCAUCUAUAACCAGAACGACCCCUGGGACCCACCUGUGGUCUUUGAGGAGUUUCUUCAAAACAAUGAGAACAUCGAAAAUGAGGACUUGGUAGCCUGGGUCACAGUGGGCUUCCUGCACAUUCCGCACUCAGAGGACAUCCCUAACACUGCCACACCGGGGAACUCCGUGGGCUUCCUGCUCCGGCCUUUCAACUUCUUCGAUGAGGACCCGUCCCUGGCGUCCAGAGACACCGUGAUCGUGUGGCCUCGGGACAGUGGCCCCAACUACGUCCAGCGCUGGAUCCCUGAGGAGGAAGGCGACUGCUUGAUGCCUGACCCUUUUAGUUAUAACGGAACCUACAGGCCUGUGUGA